CCCCUCGAUUAAACUCUUCAACCGAACCCAACUCAGUGACCCGUAUUAACACGUCAAAGCGAGUAAGCAAAACCCCACACGGCCACACCACUCCGUUUGCAAUCCCCCUCAUUCGUCUUCCUCUAGCUACCCCCACUUUCAAAAUCUGAAAAUCUGCAAAUUUCAGGUUUUCAUUUCCCUUCUUUCUCUCUCCAAAAAUCCUUCAAUUUGACCUCCACAAUCUCAUUCAAUGCCCACCUCCGAUGCCAUAGUUCUACUAGAACACUACCCUUCUCACUCCUCACCUUAUCUCUUCGCCGGCGGUCUCUUCCUCGACCCCACUAUCCCACCUUCUUUCCUCAAUUGCAUUUCACCCCCUUCUUCAAUCAACAAUAGCAUUUCAAAAUCAUGCUCUCGAAAUUCUGGGGUUUCAAUUAAAGGGAAAAGGGUAGUUUCUUUUUCUUUUAAAGGGGUUUUUUCAUCAAUUAGUUUGAAGGAUUGUAGUAGUGGUUUUGCUAAUGGAGGUGAAGGGGAUUUGGGUAUUAAGAAUGUGGUGUUGGAGAAGGAAAAGGUUGUGUCUUCGGGUCGCGGUGCCGCCGCUAUGAACUCUAGUAAGCAUUUCUGGGCUGGUGCUGUUGCUGCCAUGGUUGCCAGAACUGUUGUUGCCCCACUUGAGAGACUGAAGCUAGAAUAUAUAGUUCGUGGUGAGCAGAAAAACAUCUCAGAGCUCGUUAAGACAAUUGCUGCCACUCAGGGCUUGAGGGGCUUUUGGAAAGGAAACUUGCUUAAUAUUCUACGGACAGCUCCAUUUAAAGCAAUCAAUUUUUGUGCUUAUGAUACAUAUAGAAAGCAACUACGCAAAUUACAUCUCACGGAUAAAACAGCAAAUUCUGAAAGGUUCAUUGCCGGAGCUGCUGCUGGAAUUACUGCCUCUGUUCUCUGCUUACCUUUAGACACAAUUCGGACCAGAAUAGUUGCACAUGGUGGGGAAAAUUUGGGUGGUAUUGUUGGUGCUUUCCGCUAUAUGAUCCAAACAGAAGGAUAUUUUUCCCUUUACAAGGGCUUUCUUCCAUCAAUUCUUAGCAUCGCACCUUCCAGUGCAGUUUUUUAUGGGGUGUAUGAUAUACUCAAAACAUCCUAUCUGAAUUCACCUGAAGGAAAGGAAAGGAUACAGAAAACAAAGUCACAGGGCCAAGAUAUAACAGCAUUGGGUCAACUGGAAUUGGGACCCCUAAGAACCUUAUUGUAUGGUGCUAUUUCUGGUGCUUGUGCCGAAACUGCUACUUAUCCGCUUGAAGUCAUCAGGAGACAGCUUCAGUUGCAAGCUCAUGGAGCAAGAUUGAGUACUCCAGCAACUUUUAUGAAGAUAGUUGAACAAGGAGGGAUUCCAGCUCUCUAUGCUGGACUGCUUCCCAGCGUACUUCAGGUACUCCCAUCAGCAGCAAUAAGUUAUUUUGUGUAUGAGUGUAUGAAGAUAGUCCUCAAAGCAGAAUGAAAUAGCGUAACAGCUUAAUUGAAGCCAGUUGGUGCUACAGCCAUGAGCGAGCAUGUCAUAUAUUGAGAUUGGCAAAGCCACUCCAUUUUGACAGCUUCCGGAAACUUUUUCUACAAAUUUGGUCAGCUGGUGUCCUGUCAACUUUCUGGGGAAGUAUAUUUGGUUGUUCCAUACUAUUGGGAAUCUAAUAAUCCUUUCCUGUCAAUCCAUGUGCGUUUUGUCAGUUUGCAGUAGCCGGCAUGAUCAUGAUUCUCACAAACGCCCUGGCUUAACUGCUGAUCGGGGGACAGGGGGCAUAUCUGGUGAAGCCACAGGGGUGUAGCAAGACACCUAGAUUGCCUUCAGAACCUUAGAAGAGGCUUUUUAGUACAUUCUUGACCUAUUAUUGGUAAAAUACACUUCGUUGUUUACAUUGUUGUACUUAUUAGUUAUUACUAUUCCUUUUAGCCCAAGGAAACUUAGGCCUAAUUCAUUAUGGUAAAUGGCAAUCAGCAAGGGAGCCUUUCAUUUUUUAUCUUAACAGAGUUAUUAGCGAUUUGUCUGAAUUGUGUCUAUGUUGACAAGUUGACAAUGAGAUGUAGAUCUUGAAAC